GCGCGUGCGCGCUCCGCUUUCCUGGAGCCGGGUGUGGCUCCAGAGCCGGGCGGGAGCGGGUGGCCCCGGACGAGGUGGCGGCGGCGGCGCGGACCGAAGCGCAGGAGGAGGAUGAGGACGAAGAGGAGGCGCUGCCGCACUCUGAGGCCGUGGACGUGUUCCAGGAGGGUCUCGCCAUGGUAGUGCAGGACCCGCUGCUCUGCGACCUACCGAUCCAGGUCACCUUGGAAGAGGUCAAUUCCCAGAUAGCACUAGAAUAUGGCCAAGCAAUGACAGUCCGAGUGUGCAAGAUGGAUGGAGAAGUCAUGCCUGUGGUCGUCGUGCAGAACGCCACGGUCCUGGACCUGAAGAAGGCCAUCCAGAGAUACGUGCAGCUCAAGCAGGAGCGUGAAGGAGGCAUUCAGCAUAUCAGCUGGUCCUAUGUGUGGAGGACAUACCAUCUGACCUCCGCAGGAGAGAAGCUCACAGAAGACAGGAAGAAACUCCGAGAUUAUGGCAUCCGGAAUCGGGACGAGGUGUCCUUCAUUAAAAAACUGAGGCAAAAGUGAGGCUGUGGACGAGAACAAUCUAUUCACUGGUGGACGAGCUUUUCCAGCACGAUGGAGUCCUUGAGUCGUUGUCUCCCUUUCGCGCCCCAGGUGUGCCCAGCUGGAACUGUCAGCAUGAGCCCUGGGGCCCUUUGGACUAGGACAGGGCGAGCUGGUACUCAUUUCUUUCCUGUGCACUUGGCCUGAGUCUGACCUCUCCCGGGGCCCAAAUACCCUAAGUCACAUGGCAGGUCCCCCAGGGCUGUGGGCCUGGCCCUGUAUACAGAAUAAACCUAUUUUCUUCUUAGUUUGAAAAGUCAAAAAGCCACAGUACUGUGAAUAGGAGGGACGGGGCUGCCCAUCACAGAGGGUAGGUAAGGGCAGAGAACCGAUGCAGUGAGUCCUCAAGUCCAGGAUGCCACACCACUGCCCAGACCACACGACUGUGUUACCGUGAUCUGUGCAGCAAGGAGGAAAUAAAAGCAGAGCAGCUGUC